AUGAAGGGCUUGCCUUCCACGAAUAUUCCUAUUGAUGUCAAAGAGAGAGUUUACGUCAGUUCGACCAGUAUGAGAAUUUUCAAUUAUAUCUUCUUGUUACCUACCAUAUUGAUGGUUUUCUGUGCUGUAAACGUUGCUGCAAGCCCAGUUAUGAGUCGGCAGGAGGCACUUGAACAUCUUCGCAAGUUGUUCGCAAAAUUCCCCCCCAAAAGGCUCUAACCUGCUCCAAAAGCUAUCCACGUCGUUCGCUUGCAGCCUGGAAUUCAACAAAAACUCAAACCAUUGGGACAUUGAUAUUUCAUACUCGAUUGUCGAUAAACCUUGGCAUUGUUGUA